CACUCAGUUACUGUUUUAGAACGUUCGCUGGGCAGUGGGUAUCUGUUUGCCCUGUCUGGGAUCUAGAGAAACUUCGGGUUUUGUUUUAGAUUUAUCAGCGCUAUUCUAUCAUUGUAUGAUCUAAUACUUAACCCCAAAGUUCGAUGAUUUUUUCGGAACGCGAUGAGCCGCCCGUCCUCUACCGGACCCUGUGCUAGCAAACCCUGUGGAAAACAGAAGCAGCAACCCCCACCACACACUCUUUCCCCUGCUUUGCCCACCACGAUCUCCACGGGUCCAGGCUCUUCCGCGCCACCAACACCGGCUGCGGCAACAGCUGCAAUUACUGGACCAGUAUCCCAGCAGCAGCAUCACGAGUUGACUUCGCUGUUUGAGUGCCCGGUGUGCUUUGACUAUGUACUGCCUCCCAUCCUACAGUGCCAGGCCGGGCACUUGGUGUGCAAUCAAUGCCGCCAGAAGUUGAGCUGCUGCCCCACUUGCAGGGCAUCCCUUAGCCCCAGCAUCAGGAACUUGGCUAUGGAGAAGGUGGCUUCUGCUGUCUUGUUUCCAUGCAAGUAUUCCUCCACAGGAUGUUUGCUGUCGCUUCAUCACACUGAAAAGCCAGAGCAUGAGGACGUCUGUGAAUAUCGACCCUAUUCCUGCCCAUGUCCCGGAGCUUCCUGCAAAUGGCAGGGUUCAUUGGAAGCAGUAAUGCCCCACCUCACACAUGCUCACAAAAGCAUCACUACACUUCAGGGAGAAGAUAUUGUCUUCCUUGCCACGGACAUUAACCUUCCAGGGGCUGUUGAUUGGGUCAUGAUGCAGUUCUGCUUUAGCCAUCACUUUAUGUUGGUACUAGAAAAGCAGGAGAAAUAUGAAGGACACCAGCAGUUUUUUGCCAUAGUUCUUCUUAUAGGCACAAGGAAACAGGCAGAGAACUUUGCCUACAGGCUUGAACUUAAUGGGAACCGCAGACGUUUAACCUGGGAGGCGACGCCAAGGUCCAUUCAUGAUGGAGUCGCAGCAGCUAUUGUGAACAGUGAUUGUUUGGUUUUUGAUACAGCCAUUGCACAUCUCUUUGCAGAUAAUGGGAAUCUGGGCAUUAAUGUCACCAUAUCUACUUGUUGUCCAUGAUGAUUUAUUGUUUUUGUAGAGAGAAUAGAUGUUUUAAGUAGCUCCAUUGUAGUUUCUAUUGUAUUAGUCUUUAUUAAACUAAACUUAUUUGUUGUAUAAAAAAAAUCAAAUGCCACCUUUUUUUUUUGUAGAAAAUAUGUAAAGACAGUAAAAUGUUUUUAAGAGAAUUUCAUACAACCUUAUCUUUUCUUGUCUCUGUAUAGUAAGGUGAAUACCUCCUUUUUUAAUGGAGAGGCUGCCAGAAGCAGUUUAUAGUUUUUAAAAGCAGUCUUGCAGGUCUGAAAAUGGUGAAAACAUAGUGUGCCAAUCUUAUAAUAAUAUCAUUUAAAAGGAACCUGCUAACAGUGCAAUGCUUUAUGACAUUUUGUACUGUAAAACAAUAUUCUGUGUAUAUGAAAAAAUGAAAGUAAAAACUGUUUAAAUGCAAAUUAAAACUAAUACUGCACUAUUGCACAACUGCUGAUAAUUUACUAAGUGUGACAAGAACAUUUUUUGGUUUAUUUGAAAAAAGAAAAGAAAAUACAUUUGAAAUGUCCUCUUUUUAAAGAUACAAAGAAACAAAAGUUUAAUACAAGGUCUACAUAAAUAUAUUAAAUAAAUAGUCUAGUCAAAAUUAAACAUUCAUUAUUCAGAUAGAGCAGGAAAUUUUAUGCAACUUUCUAAUUUACUCCUAUUAUCAAGUUUUCUUUGUUCUCUUGGUAUCUUUAUUUUAACGGAAGCAUAGGAGCCGGCCCAUUUUUGGUUCAGCACCUGGGUAUAGCGCUUGCUGAUUAGUUGGCUACAUUCAGACACCAAUCGGAAAGUGAUACCCAGGUGGCUGAACAAAAAAUGGACCGGCUCCUAUGCUUACAUUCUUGCUUUUUCUAAUAAAGAUAGCAAGAGAACAAAGAAAAACUAAUAGUAGUAAAUUAGAAAGUUGCUUAAAAUGUCCUGCUCUAUCUUAUUUGUGAAAGUUUAAUUUUCACUAGACUAUUCCUUUAACUACAAUAAAGAAUAUUUAAGGGAAUACUGUAACAGGAUAAUUGUAUACAGGGACUAUAUAGCCUUUGUAUAUUAUUGUGUACCUGCUGCUGCUAAGCAGUGUAGAAAAAAAUGCUACUUUUAAUAAACUUUUUUCUUUAAAUAUAUAUUAAACUUAAUAAUCAAUUCCAUAAAAAUAGUCAGUGUUCAACUUGAAUGUAUAUGAAUAAUACUGUGGUCAUCACUGCUUCUGUGAAGUAACCUAAGGAAUGUAUGUUGGUGCAUCUUACUGAUGCAACUUCUGAAACUAAGAACACACCAGCAUAGUUAUUAUAGAUUAAAUUAAUGAACAGGAAGAUGUUUAAUUUAUUUAUUCAUGAACAAAGGUUUUCCUUUCAAAAUUUGCUAAAGAAAAAUAUUUGUAAUAAAUUAUUUGGCUUGUUCUGAAGAUUCUAAUAUUUGAACUAAGUGGAGAGAAAAAUAAAUGUUUGAUCAGUGAUAUAUUAAAUUGCCAUAUUUACUUUAAUUUUUUUAAUAAAAUAUUUCCAAAAUUA